UUGGACGGAGUUGUGUUGGUGUAUAUACUUACACAGCGGGGCCGCUGUAACUCUCACACCCCUCAACCCUGUCAACCUAACCGACCCGAGUGGAGUGUUCAGAACAGCACACUGACAACGACAGAACAGACCAUCUAGGAGCAGGUGUCCAGAAUCCUGUCCAUCAAACACAGCCGAAACACAGAUAAUACACACGCAGCCACAUGUCGUCCGGCGGAAACACGCCUGGCCUUGCCGAGAAGGCACAUCCGGUUCCCGUUGUCACACAGCAGAAGACGUCGUGGAUAAAAAGAAUAAAAUUGAAAAUGGCGAGUCCUGUGUACAGAGAGAAGUUCUACUACACUAUGGGCCUGUAUCUCUCGUCUUUCUUCUCUGGAUGGAUAGUGGGACUGAAGGGGCCAGCCUUCCUCGACCUUCAGCAGAUCACUGGAGUAGGCACAAGCCAGGGUGCUGCCUUCUUCACAGCUGCAGCCGUUGGGGGAGUAGUUGGAAGUUUGGUCGGCGGUGCUCUCUAUGACAGAUUCAACCGUCACGUGGUGUUGUUUGUGUCAUCAUUCCUGUAUGCUGUGACGUGUGCAAUCAUUCCCUGGUGUUCUGUGUACUGGUCAAUGGUCAUGAUGUUCCUGAUACACGAGCUGGUUACAGGUGCUGCCAGGUCAGGUACGAAUGUGGAGAUCGUGGAAGAGUGGGGAGACGAGGGCAAACCCUUCAUGCAAGCACUGCAUUUCUCCUUCUCUCUCGGGGCAACCGUCGCCCCCUUCGUCCUUGAACCAUUCCUCUCCCAGGAACCUGAGUUGGAUACAACAAACACUUCUUUCACAAAAAGUGACCCCUCCUCCACCACAACAGCCUUCAACAUGACAACGACUAUUGCACCUCCCAGACCAGAGAGUAAUAUCCACUAUGGCUUUCUCAUCGUGGCUAUUCUUGCAGGGUUGUCUUCCUUCGUGUUCCUCAUCAAAUACUUCCAUGAAAAGAACAAGGGUACAAGUAACAUUCGACGGAAGGACGCACAGAAGGACGCACAGAAGGACGCCAAGGACCAUGAUGAAGAAGAAGGUCCAGUGAGGAAAAAAAGAACUCUCCCUCGACGACUUCUCAUUAUCACACUGGCACUCUUUGCCCUCUUCUACUUCUUCCUGGAUGAGGUGGAAGACACCUCCCCAUCUUUCCUGGCUGUGUUUGUCGUGAAGCAGAUGAAUUGGACCAAGAAAUAUGGUGGACGCCUGUCCUCCGCUUUCUGGGCAUCCUACACAGCUGGGAGGGGGUUUGGCAUUGUCCUCAUCAGUUUCGUCACACAUGCCCAGUUCUUCACCAUCUGCUGCGUCGUCCUCUGCGCCUCUCAGCUCGGUCUCCUCCUGUCAGCCACCUAUGGAUUUGGUACUGGUAUCUGGAUCAGCAUUGUUGGUAUAGGACUGGCAAUCUCAGUGGUGUUCCCCGCAAGUCUCACCUGGACAGAAAAGGAGCUUGUCCAACUCUCAGGGAAGCUGAUGGGUGUCAUAUAUGUUGCCUUGAGUCUCGGCGGACUUGCAAACCCUCAGAUUAUUGGCGUCACCAUGGAUCUGUUUUCACCUAUGUGGUACAGUUAUGUUUUGUUUGCUGAGAGCAUCUUGUUUUCCAUCACCUUCCUAAUUCUAGUGAUGUUUGUUAAGAAGGUACUCUCUAAACACAAACAGGAACCGCCUCAAGUUGUUGAAGUGGUCAGGAUGUGAGUAACAAGGGUGCCAACUCUGCAAGUAACUUUGAAUUGUGUUCGAACACUUUUAUAAGAACAUUCCCUACAACAUCUGAGGCACCAACGUUGCUGAUUUCCACAACAACCCUGUCUGUGAAUCAACAGGGACCAUGAAAGAAGAAAUCCUGUCUCACAUGCCUUCAAAUUAAUGUCUGAAGCAGUUCCCUGUGUUGACUUGUACCAUAUGUUCCCGCGUUGUUUUUCAGAUGACUUGCCUUUGCGAUUGUUUGUGAUGGAUGCCACUGGUGGGGCAGAAGAUGAUCACCUUUUCGCGAGCACCAGGCAUCAUCUCAAUAUCAUAGUGAUUCAUUAACACAUGCUUGAUAUAUAGUCGGAAUCGUACAAUGAACUUGUAUGAAGAUACUGGGCGUACCACAUUUGCAUACAUGACCACGCUGAAUGUGUACUUCCGUGCUGAAAUCAUCUUCCCGGGGGAAGGGAGUUAACUGACUAUAAAAGUCCAGUUUCCACCCUUGCAUGCAAGGCUGGAAUUUCGUGGGUCGAUUGUAGCUCCACUAGUGCCUAUUACGAGUUAUGUCCCUUCAAAUGACCAAUGAUAUGACUUUUAUUUGCUUCAAACAAAUUGACGGCGGCCAAUCAAGACAAGCUGAUCGAUAAUCAAGAUCUAUAUUGUAAUAAAACGGGUCUUACCUCGCAAAGUGCAACAAAUUAUUUUAGCACCAAACAUGAAAAGAUUUGGAAAAUGUCAUUUUACUCCAAGUUUAUAGUAUACAUGUGUUGUAAAUCUUGCAAUAGACCGAAAUCUGCAGUUUACGAACUGAACAUUAACUUCGUUUUGAAUGGACUGUGCAUAGAAUCGUUAGUCCAGCUAUAGUUUAACUCUAAAAUUCCAGCCUUGUUCGGCAAGGGUGGAAGCUGGACUUGUUAUAGUCAGUUAACCCUCUUGCCUCUGGAAGAUGAAAUUUGAUAUGAUUAUGGAAAUGUUUUUGUUUGUAUUUAUUCCCCUUUGGCUACAAUAAAUAUUAGGUAUUC